UAGAUGAGGAUGGUGGAUGUAUGGAUGAGGAUGGAAAGAUGAGGAAGGAUAGGUGAGGAUGGAUGGAUUAGGAUGGAAAAUAACAAUGGUAAGAUAUGAAUGGAAAGAUGAAGAAAGGGUUAAAGUUGGCCAUGUUCCCCACUGGCUGCCUGUACAUGGUGUACUGAGUACCCCGUUAGUGUCACAGACAUUACAGAUGUGAGAAGAUGCUCUUCCUUACGUAGGGGAUGUAGUGCUGAAGAGGAGCAUGAAAUUCAGGCCAGCUCUGAUAACUUUGCCAUUUGUCAGGCAUGUAGCCUGUUUCCAGUGCCAACCGUUAAUAAACCACGACUCCUGGGCCACUGUCACAGGGCAGGCAGCCGAGAGCUUAUACUUGAGACCCCCAGCACUGAUCCAUAUUAAGAUUAGCUUCUCUCCUUACAACAGUUCAUCAGCUGAUACAGACAAGGUGUUCACCACUGAAUCUGACAGAAAAGAUAAACUUCCACUACUAUCAGAAAAAAGCCUCCCACGAGACAUUAUCACAGUAUCUGACGCCGAGCAGUAAGAUGCCUUUGCCGGCGAUAAAAAGCAAUUUCCCGCCGAAAGUCUCCGUCUUGUUUGUCCUGCACCUUUAAAACAAUACGGCACAUGAAACGGGAGGCUAUCGGAGAACUAUAAUGAAGGCAAGACAAAAUGUCAGAGUUUAAUAGCGUCUGGCCUCUUGGCCGUAGGUGCCAUAUAAAGCGUGGUAAAGGAAGGCCACAGCAACACAGACUGUCGUGUGGAAUUUGCCGGCAAGAUGCAGACGCGGUAGCACAUGUCAGCUGAGGAGCCACAGAAGUGCUGCUGCACCGCCUCGUGACACUCUGGUUACCAUGGCAGCCCUUUGAGCUCCAGCAGUCGCGGUUCCCCGACUGAGGACACAGUGGGCUGGAAGCUGCACCCCAAUAAUGCUCUGCGCUCGCAACACGACCCGCUGUAGAGCUUUCCGAUCAGCUGCCAUAUUCACGCAAAUACAACAUGCUCUUCCCUCUGAUAAGAAAGGCAAAGUACAGAUGAUUCCAAAAAGCAACAGAAAUUCGUGUGUAUUGUUCCUGUUUGACUUGCCUUUGGUGGGCAGAGCCAACAAAUAGACCAAUGAUUGGACGAGGCAAAUGCUUAAAUAAUCAAUUUCUCCUCGAAGCUGUGUUACAUUCUGAAGCAGAGAUAAAGAAAAACAAAACUGGUCUCUCUCUGCUGGAUAGCAUUUUAUUAAUCAUGAGCGGAUGCCCUUAUUUUGGAGGCAAACAUAUAUCAUCGCAGAAGUUGAACCUAAAAGAGGAGGAUGACGACUCACAAAAGGGGGUGAACAAGGCCACCAAGGGCGGCGUGGUGUACGGGGACUAUUUACAACUGGAUAAAAUAAUGUCAGCACAAAUCCUGCAGAGCGAACUCGGGGGGAACAAGAUCCACGAUGAGCAUCUCUUCAUUGUCACCCACCAAGCUUAUGAACUCUGGUUCAAACAGAUUCUUUGGGAACUUGACUCAGUCAGAGAUAUUUUCAUUAGCGGUCAUGUCAGAGAUGAAAGGAAUAUGCUGAAGGUGGUGACUAGGAUGAACAGGAUAGUGAUGAUUUUCAGAUUGCUGGUCGAUCAGUUUGCGGUUCUGGAGACAAUGACAGCUCUGGACUUUUUCGAUUUCAGAGAGUACCUGUCACCUGCCUCUGGUUUCCAGAGCCUCCAGUUCAGACUUCUGGAGAACAAAAUAGGCGUUCCAGACAGCCAGAGGGUGCCCUACAACCGGAAUCACUACAGGGACCAUUUCCGGGGCAAGGAGAGCGAGAUGCUGCUCCGCUCUGAGCAGGAGCCCACACUGCUGCUGCUAGUGGAGAAAUGGCUGGAGAGAACCCCUGGCCUCGAAGACGAUGGGUUCAACUUCUGGGGCAAACUGCAGAAAAAUAUCGAAGAAGGACUGAGACUGGAGCAGGUGAAACUUGAGCAAAAACCAGAUUCGGAGGAAACAAAGGAGCAGAUGGCUGAACAUCAAAAGCAGGUGGAGAUCUUCAGGGCGUUGUUUGACCAAAGGCGGCAUGAGCACCUUUUAAGCAAAGGUGAACGAAGGCUGUCUUACAAGGCACUGCAGGGAGCGCUGAUGAUCUACUUUUACAGGGAAGAGCCUCGCUUCCAAGUCCCGUUCCAGCUUUUGACCUACCUGAUGGACAUCGACACUCUCAUGACGAAGUGGAGAUACAAUCACGUCUGCACAGUGCACAGGAUGAUUGGCAGCAAGGCUGGCACUGGAGGGUCGUCGGGGUAUCACUACUUACGCUCUACCAUCAGUGAUCGCUACAAGGUAUUCGUGGACCUUUUCAACUUGGCCACUUUCUUGGUACCCCGGGAAUGGGUGCCGAAGCUGAACCCAACAGUGCACACCUUUCUGUACACAGCAGAGUGCUGUGACAGCUCCUACUGCAGCAGCGAGGACUCUGACUAGGAGGUGGAAACACGCCCAAGCCAGAGCCUGUGUAUAUACCGUCAAUUAGUGAUGGACAAAAUAACACUUCAUGAACCAUUUGCUGUAUUUUCUGACCCCACUAGAUGGUGCUUUGGGGCAUGUGUCCUUUUUUGAACAGAGAGCACCAUCUAGUGGGUUAAAAAAAUACAGCAAAUGGUUCACGAAGUAUCAUUUUGCCCAUCACUACUGCCAAUACAGCCAGAAAAGCAGACAGCCUCUGACACUGUAAUUAAUGUAUAUACAAUCAGCAAAUACUUAAAUACAUAAUUAUCAUGUUUAUUUGGAAAUUACAGUCCUGGCUAUACUGAACAGGUAUUAAACUGUAAAUUAAUAUUGUAGGAAAAUAUUUCAAAACUUCUUAUUUAGUGUUGAUUACUUUAAAACAGCGUACACACUUUUUUCUUGGUAGAAUGCGUAUUUUAAUGUUUUCCCUUGUGUUUCAUCUAAUAUUUUAUGAUAUUAUUGAAGUUCAUAAAAAUACCUUUAGAAGAUUGCGGUUGUUUUUGUGCAUGAUUAAUCAGUUCCACAAAAUCUGUAGAAAAUAUGUCUUGAAUGCCGGUGCAUAUUGUCUGAAUGUAGAGUUUGUGGGACGGGAAACCUAUUGAAUGUGAUUGCUGCAAAUAAAUGAAAACAUUUACAUACUUCAUA